UAUUAUGUCAUCGAAUUUUGUAACUGAAAUCCUUCAAACAAGUAUAACACCAACAUCACCAAUACGAAUAACAAAAGCAACAGCAAAAACAUCAUCAAUGAUUGGAAAUUUUAAUAAUAGUUUAUUAAAUACGACAACAGCAGCAGUAGCUACAACAACAAAAACCGCAACAACAACAGUAAGAGCAAUAACAACAACUACAAAAGCAACAUUAAAAUCAUUUACAACAAAAUUAGCUGCAGCAGCAACAUUUACAACAACAAGAACAAUUGCUUCAGCAACAACAAAUACAACAUCAUCAAUAGGAUCAUCAACAGUUACAGCAACAACAUCAUCUUUAUCAUCACCGUUAUCAUUGUCUUCGUCGUCUAUUUCAUCACCAUUAUCAUCAUCUUUGUCAACAUUAACAAUAUCUUCCACAACGUCAUCACCAUCUUCAAUAUCAUCAGUGACAACAUCAUCAAUUAGUGAUAAUAAUUUUUUUAUUAACAAUAAUUAUAAUUUAUAUAAUAAUAUUAGUGUAAAUAAUACAAACGAUAUGAUUAACGGUUCAAGACAAUUAUUUGCAACUGCUACAGCAACACAAACAACAACAGCAACAGCAUUAAGUGCAGCAAAUACAAUAACAGAAAUAACUUCAUUAGAUGAACAUACACCAGCGCCAAAUUGGAGUGAUGUAACUGUAUUAACUAUUAAAGGUGUUAUUUUUUGUACAAUUAUUAUUGCAGCUGUAUUAGGGAAUGCACUCGUUAUAAUAUCUGUACAACGUAAUCGUAAGCUAAGGGUUAUCACAAAUUAUUUUGUUGUAUCAUUAGCUAUGGCUGACAUGUUAGUAGCAUUAUGCGCUAUGACAUUUAAUGCAUCCGUUGAAUUAUCUGGUGGUAAAUGGCUUUUUGGUCGAUUCAUGUGCAAUGUUUACAACAGUUUGGAUGUUUAUUUUUCAACAGCUAGCAUAUUGCAUUUAUGUUGCAUUUCAGUUGACAGAUAUUAUGCAAUAGUUCGACCAUUGGAAUAUCCUUUAAAUAUGACACAUCGUACAGUAUUUUUUAUGUUAGCGAAUGUAUGGAUAUUACCGGCUUUAAUAUCAUUUACACCAAUAUUCCUGGGCUGGUAUACAACUGAAGAGAAUUUAGAAGAGAUGGCAAAAAAUCCAGAUACAUGUGUUUUUAUAGCAAAUACAGCUUAUGCUCUAAUUUCUAGUUCAAUUAGUUUUUGGAUACCAGGAAUUGUAAUGGUUACAAUGUAUUUAAGAAUUUACAAAGAAGCUGUUCGUCAACGUAAAGCAUUGAGUCGUACCAGCUCAAAUAUCCUAUUAAAUAGUGUUCAUCUUGGCCAAACGCAAAAUUCAUUGAAUCCUCAUAUGAGUUAUAUGCAACAACAUCCUAGUGAUAUGGAUUUAAAUUCAACUUUAACAAAACUGAAUCAAGGGGAAGAAACUCAUAGCGCUAUCAGUAAUCUUGAGGAACUACCACCAGCUGGUAAAGAUGACCUUAUGGAUUGUGAAUUACGUGUACCAUCACCGCCACAACGUCGCCUCAGUCGUAGCAGUAUUGAUUUACGUGAUCUAGAACAAGAGCAAUUACGUAAUCAUGAAAAAGUUACACAUACAGAUAGUGCUCCAUCAAUGAUAGCGUUACAAUUUGAUAAAUACUUAAAGGUACAAACAAAUGCCAGUAAUAAUUUUGGGAAUGGUAAUGAUAGUAGUGAUGAUUCUGGUGGCAAUAUUGACGCAGAUAUAGAUGAUGAUAGUGUAGGUGACAGAAGGAGUAGUGGUGGAAGUUGUGAAGAAACAAAAAAAUUAAAAAGAGGUAAUGAAGAAUCCUUGAUGCUAGCUGAUAUUGAGGAUAAUGAAAAUAUAAAAUUACAAAAGCCAUCAUUGCCAAAUUUAAUUCAACAAAAUAUUACAUCAUCAUCCACAACAGCAAUAAAAUCUCGAACAACAUUAUCAAUUGCAAAUGUAGCAACUAGAUCUCAUUCAAUUGAAAUAAGUUCAGGUCCGAAAGCAAAAACUUCAAUAUCCUUGACUGGUGGUUUUAUAAGGGAAGAAGAUUUAGAUAAAAACUAUGAUAUUCUUGGUGUUUAUUCAAAAGAAAAUUUAGCAGCAGUUUCAUCGUCGUCAGCGGCAACAAUUAUAGGCGGUAUUAGUGGUAGUAGUAAUGGUACUAACAGCAAUACUACUUCCAGCAAUGUUACUGGUCAUCAUCAUUAUCGUAUUUUUGAUAAACCUUCAUUAUCCCAACGCAUUUAUCGUGGUAAAUUAUUAGCAAAUAAUACAGUUGUUCUGCCGAUUGAAGAAGAUAAUAAGGAACUUAAAAGAUUUAUUGAACAAAAUUAUUUUUAUUUUAAAAAGAAGCAAAUCGAUGAAAAAGAACCACAAAUAACAAAAAGCACUAAGAAUGACGACCUUUUAGGUUAUUCUCCAAUUUAUAUUGGGGAAAAUAAAAUAAAAUUUACAGCUGCUCUCUCAGAAUCUGACUUUAUAGCAAUGAAAAAUAGUCCAAAUAUACUUUUACGUACUAGUGGCAGUACGGAUGGUGCGCAUAUGACGAUUUCUGGUAGCUGCAGUGGUAAUGGCUUAGGUGAUCAAAACACUAGCAGUAAUAAUUUCGGGUUUAAAAAAUCCAUUGGCAGCGAUGUCAUUAGUACUAGUACGAAUGUCAACGGGAAUAAACCUACUAUUAAAAAAUUUUUUACUCUUAGUGAUUCGGAAUUUUUAAUAUCAUUGAGUGGAAAAUGUGGUGGCGGUGGCAACGGAAUUGGUGGUUCAAACAACGUUUCAAGACGUUUCGGUUUAAAUAAAGGUGAGAGAAAUGUUUUAACGAAAUUGCUAUCAAAAACCAAGAAAAAUGGUGACUAUACAAGCUUAGAUAAAAAAAUAACUUCAUCAGCAGACAUUUUAAAUGAUAUUGGCUUGAAUGGUAAUGAAAAUACUAUUAUUAUCAAUGAAAAUACUGGUGAAUAUCUAACUAGUGGCGGUGUUAGUGCAACUGAUUCAACAACUCUAGAUGCUAUCAAAGAUGAAUGCAAUUUAAUAAAAUCAAAUAUCUUCCGGCGUUCAAAGGUACGCAAACAAUUAUCACGUUCCUAUAAUGGUAAUGGCAAGACAGGACGUUAUCAUCAUUAUCGUAAUAGUGAUAUCACAGCAUCAGUUGGUAAUGCCGGUACUGCUUUUAAUACUGAUGAUGGUACAGUUAUAUAUUUACCACGUAUGUUAAGUGAAGGUCAUGAGACUGAAAUUAAUAGAAAAGAUUUUCUAUUAAUUAGUUGUAAUAGUCCACAAAAACAACAGUCACAACAGCAACAAUCUCCUACACCAGAUAUAUUAUUAGAUUUACAUAACGUUAUUAAUGUCGAUGAUGAUGGUAAUGAAACUAUUGAAGAAGCUGAAGAAUUUAUACAACAACAAGUACCCCAAAUAUUUGAUGAAGAAUAUAAAAAUGAACAAAAAUUGCUGCGACAAAAAACAAUUGAACCAUUCGAAUUAAUUAAUUUACAUUUUGAAUUUGAUAAUGGACAAGAACAUGAACAACCUUUCCAACAUUUACAACAAAAGGAUAAUAAAGCAAACGCAAUCGCAAUUUUAACAGCUAAAUUAUCGUCGUCAACUCCAUCAUCGCCAUUAACAAAGCAUCCACAUCAAUAUCAUAAAACAAAAACUUCGCUAUCAGCGCCAACUAGCGGUGAUAAAGCAACCAGCACUGAAGAUAACUUUUUUGUUACAGAUUUUUUAAUAUGUGAUAAUCAACCAGUAGAAAUUAAUAAGAAAUUUAAAACCGAUAAUAAUAUGUCUACAACAAAUUUAAAUGACAGUAGUAGUAAUAAAUUAAAUAAUCAAAUAUCAUCAUUACAACCAUUAUACAUGACAGAUUCAAAUUCAACCAUUCAAAAAUCUAUGCUAAAUAAUGAAUUUAUAGAAGAUUUAAUUACAAAUAAUAAUAGUAGUAAUAAUUUAAUAAAUAAUGGCAAUAAUAAAAUUAUAAAUAGUUUAAGUAAUCAACAACAACAGCAGCAACAGCAACAAAAUCAGUUAGAACAGCAAGGUGAUAUUAAUUUUGAUCUAGAUUCAUUGAAAUUACAGCAACAACAGCAACAAAAAAAGCAAUCAUCAAAUCAAAUUUUAGAUAGUGAUUUAAAUAGUUUAAUAUUAAAUAAAUGUCUUAGUAAUAAUUUAAGUAAUGGUAGUGAUAUAAAUAAUAUGCAUCAAGAUGCAACUGUAUUUCGUAAUCGAUUUAGUGCAAUAAGCGAUCAAACGUUCGUUACUAGUAGUAAAUUUAUAAUAUCACCACCGACAACUCCAAGUUCGGCAGUGGCAACGCCUAAUAGUGGCCGAAAUAGUCGAACGAAUAGCCAAUAUUUAAGUCCAACUGGUGCAGCGACGGGUCAAUCUUUACAACAGCAGCAACAAAAACAACCAACUGGUGUAUUUUAUUUAACACCAAUUAGUCAACAGCAACAACCACAAAAAUCAUUAAAUGAAUCAUCAACGAUUUCUUUGGAUGUUGUUUCAGCUCCAUCACCUUCACCCAAUUUAAUAACAAAUAUGUCUCCAAAACCGGAAAUUAUUUUAGAUUCAACUUUAUCACCAACAUCACAAACAAGUGGUCAUAGUGGUAGUGGCAGUAAUGGUGAUCGUGGUGAGCUAAAUGUUACAUCACCUCUAAAAAAAUCAAAUGGUGAUGGUAGCGAUAGUAAAAGUGGUGAACCACAUUUACAUAGUAUUUUGUUGACAUAUGAUGAAAAUGGACAGGCUGUGAGAAAACGUCAAGCAUCUGUCGUUACAUAUGACGUUAAUGUGAUAAAUUUUACACAAGACUCUGUGAGUCAAGAUGGUAAAAGCUAUAUACCAAUGGCCAGGCAAUCAAUGUCUUCUCAAAGUCCAAGACCGGGAAGACCAUCAUUAAAGCGACGUGGUGGCAUUUGUAUUGUUAUUGAAGGCGAGGAUAUUGCAAAUGAGACUGACAAAAAAAAUGUAUCAGCAACGACAAAUACAGCAAAAAGUUUUGGUCCAAAAAAAGCAAUACAUAGUCUAAAAAGUUUACGUAGACGUAAAUGCACCUGUCAAUGUCGAUUACAAUCACAACAAUCACCUCCACUAUCAUCAAUAACAUCAUCAUCGCUACAAAAUUAUAAAAAUGGUAAUGAUAUUGCACGUAAUAAUGUUGAUGGUGAUUUUACAACAAGUAAAUAUGAAAAACUUUGGAGAAAUUUUUGUCGUAAAAAUCGUUGGCUACCAUCAUCACGCGAAGGUGGUGGAGGUGAUGGUAGUGGUAGCAGAGGCGGAGGCGGUGCCAUUGAUAACAAUCAAAUUCAACGUUCAGCAACUUAUCAAUGUCGAUGCGGUGCUAGUAGUGGUUCUGUUCGACCAACAAAAGGAUGGAGAGCUGAGCAUAAAGCAGCAAGAACUUUAGGUAUUAUCAUGGGAGUUUUCCUUUUAUGUUGGCUGCCAUUCUUCUUAUGGUAUGUCAUUACAUCAUUGUGUGGUGCUUCAUGUCCAUGUCCAGAUACUGUUGUAGUUGUAUUAUUUUGGAUUGGUUAUUUCAAUUCAACAUUAAAUCCACUUAUAUAUGCAUAUUUUAAUCGAGAUUUUCGAGAAGCAUUCAAAAAUACAUUGGAAUGUGUUAUACCAUGCUGGCAUAAAAAGAAUCCAUAUAGUGCUUAUUAUGUAUAGCAUAUGAAGGAAAAUAGAAGAAAUUUGAAUUUUAAUUAUAAUAAUAAUCAGCAAUCACAUCAACAACAACAACAACAACAACAAUAUCAUUAUCAGCAAAAAUUACAACAACAACAAUACAAUAAUCAACAACAAUCAAUAUCAAAUUUAACCGAUUAUCAACAACAAUUUAAUAAUAGUAACAUUAAUGUUAAUAGCAAUAUUAAUUUACCCGCAUAUUCCAAAUGUUAUUUUACAUCGAAAGCUUAUCUUAGGACAUUCAUUAGAAAAUUUUCUCAAAAAUAAAAUAAAAAUUAAAUAAAUUAUUUAAAGAAAACCCCUAAACAUAUAUAUAUAUAUAUAUAUAUCUAGCUAUAUAUAAAAAAAAUGAAAAUAAGAAAUAAAAAUAUUGUAAUUGUAAAAGUUAAAAAAAAAAAAAAAGAGAAAAUUUAUAAGAGAAGUAAUUAAUUUUAGUCUAUAAGUUUAUGGCUGUAUAGA